AUGGGCGAAACUUCUGAUUCUUCUAAGAAUCCUAAUGAGAAUAAAACCGUGUCUUUUGCUGAUUUGGUUAAGGGUAAAAAACCCUAUAUGCUUAACGAUUCUGAUUUACUAUCUCUACCUGAUGCGUCUUUGUAUGAAAAGGAACCAUCUUUGGAUUUACCUUUAGAACUUACAGAAGAAGGCGAAGACAAGAAACGAGUUUGGCAUGGAGAUUACUGGACGGUUCAACAACAAACUCUUAGGGUUUUUAACUUUUACCCUAAUUUUGAUCCAGAGAGGCAAAAUACAUCUUGCGCUUCUAUUUGGGUUAGUUUCCCUUGCUUGUACAUAGAAUUAUGGACAAAAAGGAUUCUAUUAUCUAUUGCAAAAAUUCUUGGGAAGCCAAUUGUUAUAGAUCAGAAAAUUUUAGAUCAUGAUGUUGGAAACUAUGCUGAUGUGCUUAUUGAUAUUGAUUUUGCUAAACCAAUUCCUAAAAGAAUUCGUUUGAAAGCUAAUGGCAAUGAUUUUUGGCAAUAUGUUGAAGUUCAGGAUUUGGAGAAUAUCAAGUUUUGCACACAUUGUAAGUUUAUGGGUCAUAAAUUUGAAAAUUGUCUUGCUGCUCGCAAGAUUUUAGGUAAUGCAGUUGUGGAUGGGAAACAGGUUGCUACAGUUAACAAUCCAAAAAAUAAAGAAGAAUGGAAAAUUAAGAAAACUCAUGCUGAAGUUAUUAUCUCCCAUGUAAACCAUGUAGAUAACAUCAACAACAUUGCAACAAGGGGGGGUUCUCAGUCCAGGCAAGAGUGUUCUUAUGCUCUUUCAGCUGAUGUUGUUGUUAUUGCAGCUAGUAAUGAUCAGAAUAAGGGUAACAGUUUUGCUUCAAAUCAAGAGAAAGAAACUGUUGAUAAUAAACAGUUAGAGGAAGAGCUUAAUAACUCUUUUAUAGAAUAUCCUGAAGCUCAUUAG